UCGUCUGUCUCACACACACACAGACACAGACACACACACACACACACACACACACACACACACACACAGACACAGACACAGACACACACACACACACACACACUUCCCACCUGCUCGCUGCUUCUCGCUCGUCCAGCUCACUCUGCUCUCACACAUCCAAAAUGGCGGCAGCGUCAUCCAUCCAGCCGCCGAGCGUCCACUCCUCUCGAGCCCGGGAGAAUGUACUUUCCCCGGGGAUGAACAGCCCCGAGGGCCAGCAGCCGGAGGACGAAGAGGCGGCGGCGGCGGGAGCGCAGCCCUCGGAGCCGUGGACAAGCCUCCGUGACUUGCCCGAACUGGAGCCGGAGGAGAUAGAGGAGAGGCUCGCGAAAACUCGCCAGGAGCUCAGCAACAGGCGCAAAAUCCUCAUUAAGAACCUCCCGCCCGACACGACUAACCAGGAGGUCCAUGAAAUCCUGAAAGAGUAUGAACUUAAGUACUGCUUUGUUGAUCGCAAUAAAGGCACAGCCUUUGUGACUUUGCUGAACGGGGACCAGGCUCAGGAUGCCAUCCGCUCCCUCCAUCACAGCACUGUCCGGGGACGCCUGAUCAACGUCACCCUGCAGCCUACAGACUCCCUGCUCUGCCUCACCAACCUGCCCCACACCUUCACUGCCCAACAGUUUGAGGAGCUGGUGCGUUCCUACGGAAACAUCGAGCGCUCCUUUCUGGUGUAUAGCGACCUGACGGGACACUCCAAAGGCUACGGAUUUGUUGAAUACAUGAAGAAAGACUCUGCUUCGCGGGCCCGUUCUGAGUUGCUGGGACGGCCACUGGGUGAUCGCUCAUUGAUGGUGCAAUGGAUGGAUGUCAACCAGUUGAGCCAGGAAGAGAACCUGCAUUCCAAAUGUGUGUGCGUGGACCGACUGCCUCUUGACCUCUGUGACUCUGACGAGAUGACCCAAAUCUUCUCAGAAACCUACAAACCGAUCUUCUGCCAGCUUGCCCAGGAUGAGGGCAGUCCCCUACGAGGUUUCGGCGUGGUGGAGUAUGAGUGUGCUGAGCAGGCAGAGUCGGUGCUGAUUGAGAUGGACAGAAAACUGGUGGGAGGACAGGAGGUCCGUCUGUCACUCUGUACCCCUGGCACCUCAGGAAGAAGCACCCUGGCUGCACUUAUCGCCGGGCAGGGUAUGAUUCUAAGUAAGAGGAAAGGGCUGCUGCCGGAACCGAACCUAGCUCAGCUGUUGACCAGUAUGACAAACCCUGCAGCCUUGCAGAUCCUCAUGAGACCUUAUCACACUGGGAAAAGGGGAGGGAAGUAUGGCCGUCACACAAACCUGCCAUUCCUCAGACCGCCGCUCACCACAGCUCUUCUUACACUUGGAAAAGCUCAUCAGGUCACAACCGUAUCGACUUGUGUGUGUGGAAUGAUAAUGCUAAAACAUUGGGUCUUCUUUUGCUUGCAGAGUGCCAUGUUCGGUAACGGACUCGUAUUUCAGAACCUCCUGCAAAUGCAGCUCGCUCAGCAGCAGUUUUUACACAUAAAAAACAAGUGCAUCAGCAGUGCCUCCAGCCUGCUGGGAGAUCCAUCCAGGUUGCUGAUGCAGAAAACAUUACCUCUGCAGGCUCCAGGCCUCAUAGCACUUGGGAAGGGCCUCCUGGGAGACUCCCCCUCAGAGUUUUGCCACAAGCCUGUGCCAGCGUCAAGCCACAAUGCCACAGUACUGGUGUCAGCAGCAGGCGCGAUAUCCUACCUGCAGACCCGACCCGGUGGAGAACAAAACAGCAUCCAGUCGAUCUGCACCGCCUCCGCCCCCUCCUCUUCCUCCGUCCCGUCUUCCUCCUCCAGCUCUGGUGACAGGCAGGCUGUCCCUCCAGGGAGUGUGAUGCAGGGACAUAAUUACUCUUUGGGACUAAGUAACUCAGGCCUGUGUGCAGUUCCACCUAAACCCCCAGGAGGAGUGUAUACAUCCACAGGGCAUCACAACAGUUCUGAUGGCUCCUCGCCGGCCAACAUGGUAAACAAUGGCCAGAGUUCUCUGCUGGGAGAGCCCCCCAAAGAUGUCAGACUCCCCUCAAAUCCGUACCUGAAUCUAGCCAGUGUAAUGCCAGGGGUUGUUCUGCAAGGGUCACUGGGCAGUAAAUCUCCGGCAAUGCCGCCGACCUCGGGCCUGUACGGCAACUCGGCGACCCCCGUUGUCUCCCAGGGUAGCGGCUCCUUCUCCCACAAUGCGGCUCCUCCCAGCACAACCUCCUACAAUACUGACACUUCCUCUGACUUCAGCCAGUACAACCAAGCCUACACGCAGGAGGCCAUGCAACAGUGGUACCAGCAUUACCAAACAGCACAAGGCUACAACUCUGCUAUGUCACAGGACAACACAGCCACGGAUUACACUAAGGAUCACACACAGAUUCCACCAGUUUCCUCCUAUGGUGAUUACAGCUCCUACAUGCAGACAGUCACUCAGUGCUACUCCCAGUCUACAGCUACGCACGGCUAUGCCAGCAAGGAAGUGGAUGUGUGUAAGCCUCUAGGCGUGGCUCUUCAUGCUGUCAACGAUGGCGUGGCUCCUCCCCCGGCUGUCCUACCGACUGCUGCCAUGCUGCCCACCUACAGCACCCUGCCUCUGAUGCCCGGUUUCCUUGGGGCGCCGCACCCGAUAGCGGCCACGCCGAGCCCUGUCACACAUGCGCAAGCUGCCGCCACCGACUGGAACACCUACUAUUAUAACCAGACGCGGGGCCACAAGAGGGAGUAUCCCCAGUUGGCGGUGCAGGAAGUGACGUCAUCAGAUGGCGGCUACAUCGGGCAGCACUCCCAAGGCCUUGGGGGACAGUAUGCCGACUAUUUCAAGAGGAAGAGGCUCUAGAGUGACAUGCUCGCUGGGGGUCACAGCUUCUUCGAGUGGCUGAAUCUUUGAAUACUGCUUAAUAGUAAACGGGGGGGGGGGGCCUCGGUUUACGACAGCGUUCCAUUCCUUCGGCGGCGACGUAAGCCCGAUUGGUAUGCAAGUCGGAGCGCGCCGUAGUCCAUUACAAACCCACGCUAACGCAUAGUAGAGUCAUAUUGAUGUGCAUAUUUGUACAAAAAAACAGUUCGGGCCAGUAAUAUACAACAAUACGUUUGGCGGGAACUAAGCGUGCCUUCUUGUGCUGUGUGAUGAUGUACGUCUUCUUACGCCGCUGCAAACUAGUUUACUAGGCGGCGUAACCUCGAAAAAUCAUGUGUCACGACCGUUGUAAACCGAGGCCCCCCCCCCCCGUGCAGGUGGCCAUCUGGAGGGCAGCUGCCGUACAUUGUGAAAAUCCACCAGGAACCUCCCCAUUUUGAAUUGCCUAUAGGUGCCACAAGAAGGUCUUUUGCCUACUUUUGUCUAAUGAACCUCCUCAAAUCCCUUCAACCUAGUUCAUUGGAAGAAAGAUGCCACAAGAUGGUGAUACUUUUCCUGCUCUGGCCUGAGUAUUGCAGAAAAUGGGAGUUUUUCAGCAAUGAAUGGAGGGCAGGUUUCCCCCCAAAAAUCUCAAAAUGAAUUUGCAAAUGCCAAAUCGCAAAUAUACAGGGGUUCACUGUAAACCUAAAUAAUAAUAAUAAUAAUAAUAAUGCUGUUGCUUGUGUCCAGGUCAAGCCUUAACUCUCUUUGACUAGUCAUUUUCUCCCCCCCUAGUCAGUGUCAACUAUACUGAUAUUACCGUGUACUCGUAUGAUAUAAACUCGUGUCUGCUAAAAGACUGGUCAAACGAACACUUGAAACUGAUGGUCCAACAACAGUCUGUCUGAUCCUUUUCUCCUGCUCUUUCUCUUUUGAACAUGGGCAGCUGUUACACGUGCCUCUGUUUGUGUGUGUGUGUGUGUGCCCAUAGGAAGUGUCAGCCAUUUUGUAAUCCCAACACUGGGAGGACAUCAAGAAACAGGGCGUGGACCAAUAAGAGCUCUGUUGACAUACAUGAAUAAUAGACUGAAUAAAAGUGAGUAUACUUGUGUACUGUACAUAUUAGAGCAAGCCAUGUGUGACACACAGCUGUGUAUUAAGGACAUUUGUCAGCUCUGUUGUGAGCAUAAUGUAUCACAAGAAUGAAAACAUUAGCAUAUUGAUUUCAAAUCCAGUUUGCUGUAUAUUUGUAACCUAAUGUUUUUUGAGUCACAUGGCACCAUGUCAUUUUGAAGGGGGAAAAAAAAAAAAAAAAAGUUUCUCCCUCUUUUUAAUUGACUUUUACAAGUUCACAUUCUUCAUGAGGAAAAACAGGGUCAUGGUCUCAUUUAUUUUGUUUUAACGCCAAACUUUAAGGCUAGGUUCACUUUGUGUAUCCGGUAUGAGGAGGCCUCUUUUCAUUUCCCCACAAUAAUCAAGCCUCGUAGGCCGAGGUCAAAUGCGACAGACUUGGAAUGAUUUCCAGUCCGUAUUGUUUUUUGUUUAUUUUUUAAAUCCAACAUUUCUUGUGGGGACUUACACUCCAUUGGCCAACAGUUUGCUUUUUGGGUCGCUUUUGAAGCCUGUUACGGAUAUAUCCUCAGAGUGUAGAACUAAAGUAGAACUUAUUCGGUUGCAUCUGUGUCAUCCAAAUGUUUAGCUUAGUCACACAGGAAAUGUUUUGGAGCUUUGUCUACACCAGUUUGUGGAUCUAGUACUUGGAAUAGACAGCAACAGCAUUUGAAAAAGGAACGUUCUCAUGAUAUGGACAAAAUACGCAGUGUAGUUGUGUGUGACACCCACUCAGUAUUGUGUCGAGAUGGUACACAAUACUGAUACUAAAUGUUGCUGCAAUAAGCGAGGGUUGGUGUGGAUUUGAUUGGAAUCGCUGUUCACCUUCCAAUGACCCUUUUUAAAAAAAAAAAAAAAAGCACAUACAAUCUGUUAUCUUUAGAACAAAAGCAGUGUCUGACAAAUGUUUUUCUUACUCAUUUUGGCAGUCAGUUUGCUGUAAAAAUGCUUCAUGUCCAACUUUAAUUGAUUAUCAAUGAGGGCUUGCUACUUUAGUAUUACUGCUUGUUAUGGCAAUAAAUAAGGCUCUUACUGCUGUUGAAUGUAUUAUAAUUACUCCUCUAGUACAGUUUUAUAAUAAUUUUACUUACCGAGGACUGUUCGGGCCACACUGAAAAGACCCCCAAACAUGAGAUGUUACAAGUAUAGUAUAAGCUCAUGUCAUUUUUUACAAUUGGACAAUUACGACACAAAAAGUCAAUUUCAUAUCAUAUGAAGUCUUUUUUUACAUUUAAAAAAAAAAAAAAAAGGAUAAUUAUGACACAAAGUUAUAAUUUUAACAAGGGAUUUAAAAAUUCCCACACAACAUGAACACGACAUUCCUUGCGUUCAAGCACUUCGACAUUAAUAUGAGAAAUCUGCAAUUGUGACUAUAUUUGCUUCAUUUAAUGACUUUAUUCAAGUCAUGAUUUGUUUUAAAUUAUUUCUCCUCAUAGUUCGCAACACAAUUGUGAAUUUAUUCUUGUAAAAUUACAAUCUAAUACCUUUAACGACUUUAUUCACAUAAUUGUUUUAAAGAAAGUCUCUUACAACUUUUUUUUGUGUGUAAUUCCUUUCAUUUCAUAGAACUUUGCACAAUUUGCAUUUUGUCAUUAUUGUCAAGUUAUUCUUUUCAGUGUUACCCUAAUACUCCUUAAUAUAUUAUAUAUAUAUAUAUAAAUAACCUAUUUUAUAUAUAUAUAUAUUUUGUUUUUUUAAUUCUGCUACUGAUAGAAUUGUACAGUGCAGUACUUGCGUGGCCAUAGCAACACUGAAAAGCAAUAGCAGAUGAGAUAGUGAACCAUUUUUUGAGGGUCACCGGGCUAACGUGUUCUUCCAUACACCAUUUUCUUACUCGUAUAUACUACUCUAGUCUUAUGAUGUUGUCAUGCUUAGUGUGCUAUACGCCGUGAAUAUUUGUCACACAACAUUAGUCACUGUCAUUACUUGUUUCCCUAUGUUGUAGUGAUACAGUAUAUUCCCCGUUUUGUGGAAUCAAUCGGCUUCUCUAACCUUCGUGUACGUAACUGUAUGAUGUGUCAUCUUCCAGUUUGUGUAAGUAUCACAUAAUGCAUAGAACUACCCAUCUUAUGGAGAGGCGUUCCAAAGAGUUUGCCGUGCCAGCGCUCACAAAUCAAAGUCCCCACAAACGUUGAGUCUACCACAGACUAAGGGCUCGUGAACUGCCGAGUCAGCGGGCUGGAAUGUGCUGUCGCUACGCUACUCUCGCCAGUCAUCUGUGAGUUAGUGGGAGUGUUGCAGCAUGGUCAGCCCUUUCUGGCAAAUGUCUACUUUAUGUCGUCUGUUGCACGGGUGGGGAAUGGACGGUGUGAGCGUUUGAUCAGGCCCGUCGUGCAAUUCUAAGAACAAAUACAAAUCUCACACGACCUGUUAGAAAAAGUUGGGCGGCACACUUAAAAUUGUUACAUUUUUUUGGGAGUAACUUUUCAGCCUGGCCUAAUGUCUUCAUUCGUCCAUCUUUCUUUUGCUGAAACCUGCUUUCCUGCCUUCCUUCCCUCUAGCUCAGAGCCACUGUAAUUUUUUUAUUGCAACCUUCCUUCGCUUAAAGCUACUUUUCAGCCAGCCUGCCUUCCUUCAGUUCAGGUCCAAUAUUGCUCUAGAAUCGUCAAUAUUUUUGUUCUUGACUCAAAUGAUUUGCCAUUAGUCACGGUACCACUACAAAAAUAAGUUGAUUUAAAAAGUGUUGACCUACUUUUUGGCUCAUCUUGUAUAUUAAGCAAUAGAUGUUUGACUAAUGUAGUAUCUAUUUUUUUUCAUUUAUUUAAUGUGGCCCUCAAAAAAAACAUAGCAAACAGGUUGCCCACCUCUGCAGUGUUUAGAGUUGGGCCUUUAAAUCCGUUUGCGUUUGCUCAAUGUAGACAUUAGUCAGUGCCCCCUGAAGAUAUCCCAAAAGUAUUUUCAUGUUCAUGAAAAUAUAUCAUCUUUAUGUGCUAUCGCUUUUGUAUUCACUUUCAUGUCCAGAAUUGUAUUGUUGUUUUGUUUGGCCAAACGGAGCGUGUUGCAAAGGCACAAGUACACUGUACCUAUGUUACAUUGGUAAGAUGAGGCUGGCCAUACAGUAAAUAACUAUGUGAUACUUACAAUAUCAUAUUGCAUAUGACUUAAGAUGAGGAAUAGUGCUUCACACUUUGUAAACAUAAGGCUUUUAUUUAUUGGGGAUCUGAUAUACUGAUUGUAGAUUUUGCUAUAUUUUAUAUCACUUUGAUUGUUUUACUGUGAAUGCAGUAUUUCCAGGGAGAUUUGCAACGGUUACAUACAGUAUAUCUUCAUGAGUUAGUUAAUAUUACAUUUGGAAAGACAAAGAAGACAGUUGUUUUAUUUAUUUUUCAAUUGUAGAACUAUGGACAUUUUACUGUUGUCUUUUUUUCUUUUAAAAGGAAUUGUCUUUUACAUUCCUAAUUAAAGUGUGGACUCAAGUGUG